UCUCUUGAAAUUGUGCAGCUUUUGCAUAUAUCACCCGAAUUAAGCGGAAUAUAUUUUGCAAUUAUGAAACAUCUCAAAACUUAAAAUUUAAUAGAAAAACAAACAAAAAUGCUUUUGAUAAAAUUAAUCCUACUAGUUUUGACGACCGGAUUUGUCGCAGGACGGGAACAAUUUUUCAUUGGUGCAAUAUUUUCAUCCGACAACCAUGAAGCAGAAAUAGCAUUUCACACAGCUAUUGAACGCGUUAAUAUAUAUGAUCGAAAUGUGGAGCUGGUGCCAAUUGUGGAAUAUGUAAAUGCGGAUGAUAGCUUCAUUAUAGAAAAAACGGUUUGUGGUUUAAUAUCGAAAGGUGUGAUUGCGCUGUUUGGACCAAACAAUGGAGGCAGUUCAGAAAUCAUUGCAUCAAUUUGUAACACUCUUGAUCUACCACAUAUUAUAUAUGAUUGGACGCCCAGUGAAGCAAUUUCCGAUCGAGAGCAUUCAACAAUGACAUUAAAUGUUUAUCCAGAUAAUCUACAAUUUGCUCGUGGGAUUGCCGAAAUUGUGCAAAGUUUUGGUUGGAGGAGUUUUACUGUUGUUUAUGAGUCCGAAAACGAAUUACAACAACUACAAGAUGUUCUGCAAAUAUCCGAACCUGAUGGUAAUCCUAUAACUAUUUUACAAUUGGGCACUGAUUUGGAUUAUAGGCCAUUUUUAAAAAGCAUAAAAUUAUCAACGGAUAGUUGUUUAAUACUACAUGUCUCAAUUGAAAAAAUACUGAAUAUACUACGCCAGGCGAACGAGUUGAAAAUGCUCGGCGAGUAUCAGAGCAUAUUUUUGCCUCAACUGGAUGCUCACACUUUGGAUCUGCAAGAACUAGAGUUGGUAAGUGCCAAUAUUACCACUGUACGUCUAAUGGAUCCGACUGAUUUUCAUGUUAAAAAUGUUGUGCACGAUUGGGAAGAGCGGGAAAAGCGAGAAAGUCGGUAUUAUCGUGUAUUGCCUGAAAAAGUUAAGACAAAUAUGAUUCUUAUCAAUGAUGCAGUUUGGAUAUUUUCUAAAGGUCUUACUGAAUUGGGUAUUACUGAAAAAUUACGUACACCUAAUAUUGAAUGCCAUAAAUCUCGACAAUGGGCUCUCGGUAGAAGAAUUAUUGAGUUUAUGAGAGCGCGCUCUGAAGAAGCAGCUACAGGUCGUAUUGAUUUCAAUGAGCAUGGUGAACGCAGUUACUUUACUUUGCGUUGUAUGGAAUUAUCGUCAACAGGUUUUUUGGAUUUAGCUACUUGGGAUCCAGUAAAUAGAGUUGAAUUACUAACUAACGAAGCUGCAACUGCCAAACGGCUAGGAGAAAAAAUAUCUAAUAAAACAUUUAUAAUAACAUCCAGAAUUGGUGCUCCGUUUUUAUCUGAAAGAGAACCACAAGAAGGUGAAACUUUAGAAGGUAACGCACGUUAUGAAGGUUAUUCAAUGGAUCUUAUUGAUGCUAUUGCUAAGCUUUUGAAGUUUAAGUAUGAAUUUCAUUUAACUCCGGAUAAGAAAUAUGGCAGUUUAAAUAAACAAACGAAGCAGUGGGAUGGGUUGGUUAAACAAUUAUUGGAUGGUAAUGCUGAUCUUGGUAUAUGCGAUCUUACCAUGACCUCAUCACGUCGUAUGGCAGUCGAUUUCACACCUCCAUUUAUGACUUUGGGAAUAAGUAUCUUGUACAAAAAACCAUCCAUUCCUGAUACCGAUCUCUUUUCGUUUCUUUUACCAUUUUCUUUGGAUGUGUGGAUAUAUAUGGCUACCGCAUCUUUGUUUAUAUCCUUGCUACUUUUAGCGUUAUCGCGGAUGGCACCGGAUGAUUGGGAAAAUCCACAUCCAUGCAAAGAACCGGAAGAAGUAGAAAAUGUAUGGUGCAUAACAAAUACAACUUGGCUGACGAUGGGUUCGCUUAUGGGUCAGGGAUGUGAUCUAUUACCAAAAGCUGCCUCGACUCGUUUAGUCACUGGCAUGUGGUGGUUUUUUGCACUAAUGAUGUUAAACUCUUACACUGCAAACUUGGCGGCCUUCUUAACCAUGUCACGUAUGGAAAGCUCGAUUAAUAGCGCAGAGGACUUGGCGGCGCAGAAUAAAAUAAAAUACGGUGCUGUAUUAGGAGGCAGUACAUUGUCAUUUUUUAAGGAAUCCAAUUUUAGCACCUUUCAACGUAUGUGGGCUUCUAUGGACUCAGCCACACCUUCAGUGUUCACAAAAAGUAAUGACGAAGGUGUGGAACGUGUUAUGAAAGGCAAAGGACUUUACGCUUUUCUUAUGGAAUCUACCACCUUAGAAUAUAUAAUUGAGCGAAAGUGUGAACUUAUGCAAGUUGGUGGCUGGUUGGAUUAUAAAACUUAUGGUAUAGCUAUGCCAUUCAAUUCCCCGUAUCGCAAGGAAAUAAGUGGUGCAGUAUUGAAAUUAGGAGAAAGUGGUACACUUGCUGAAUUGAAGCGUAAAUGGUGGAAAGAAAUGCAUGGAGGAGGAAGCUGUACACAAACUUCGAAAGCAAAUGUGGAUACACCGGAACUGGAAAUGGAAAAUGUGGGUGGAGUAUUUCUUGUACUAGGCAUAGGUUUACUUUCUGCUAUUGCAAUUGGAGUUGUAGAAUUUCUAUGGAAUGUCAAAGCUGUGGCAAUCGAGGAAAAAAUUUCCUUGGGCGAAGCUCUCAAGUUAGAGACUUUGUUUGCGCUUAAAGUUUGGAUUGUUACUAAACCAGUGCGCGGUAGUUCUGACAACUCGAGCUCCUCCAGCAGUUCUUCGAAAAGUUCUUCAAAGUCACUUGGAUUGUCUACCACACAUAGUUUAAAGAGCAUUAAAAGCUCAGCAGAGGGGCAACUGAGUGUACACGACAGGCUGCGUAAAAUCAGUUCAAUGUUUUCCCUCAAAUCAUUUCGAUCUGAACGCAUUGAUGGCGAUACGAACUCAGAAAAACACGAUACUUCACAAAUAGACAAGGGAACGCAAAUGAGUAUGUCAAAUGAGAAAAAGCAUCAUCAACAUCAAAAUAAUCAAUAAGAUAAUCACAGUCGCCAUAGCAAAUUUAAAGCUGAAUUUGAAAUGUUAUUAAAUAUUAAGAAAAUUGUCUAUAUAUGAUAAUAAUACCAUAAUGCCUUACUGAUAGAGUAUGUGGCACAAUUUUUUAUUUUAUUUAAUCGAAAAAUAAUAUUGAGAGCAAACAUGUCAAUAUGCUUAAAUACUGAUUUCAGAAUGCAAUAAAAUACU